AUGAAUCAAAGCCUGCUAAAUAACAUUUUCGACCUUAUUAAACACCUCAAUUCUACAGAAGCAAAAUAUAAUUGUUAUAAGCUGUUUCUAAACUGUACUGCAAAUGGCACAGGAGAGUUUGAUUUGCGGAAUGAAUCUUGCACACAUUUUGACUGUCAGUGUCUUCCUACGCAUAAGAAGUUGUGUCUUCCUAAGAGGAUCCAAGAAGUUCACCCCGAACUACCAACGAUUCUAUUGGUUGUUUUCAUCCUAAUUGCCGUGUCUAGUUUUGUGGCGAACGGAUUCAUGUGCGUGGUCUACUCGCUUUCCAAAGAAAUACGAACAGCUAAGCAUUACUUCUUGGUGAAUUUGGGCAUAGCAGACAUACUUAUAGCGGUGUUUGGAAUUCCCUUUUAUCUCACAGAGUAUAUAAAAGACGACUCGAAAACGCUGUGUCAAGUAGGCUCGAUGGUAGACGUGUUGUGUUGUACGUGCUCCAUAAUCAGUUUCACCGUGAUAAGCGCAGAACGUUUCGUGGCCGUCAAGUACCCGUUACGUUAUCAGACAAUCGUGUCACGAAAACGUUGUCUAGUGGCUCUUUGUUUCGUGUGGGGCUACGCUAUCACGAUCUCUCUCGCAUCUAGAAUUCCCGUUGGUGAAUUUGAUAUGAGACAGUGCGUGUUCUUCACGGAUGGCUAUAUAAUUUUCAUCACCUUUGCAAGCUUUCUGCUUCCAUUAUUGGCAAUGCUUUUGACAUACGGCUGGAUCUACAAAGUCGCUACGUACCAAGCACGUCAGAUCAACAACAGCAAUCCUUCGGCAACCAAUCGAAUCAAACGCGAAUUCAAAGCAGCAAAAACACUAACUUUGAUAAUCGGAGCUUUCGUAGUGUCCUGGAUACCACUCUUCUGUUAUAUUUGGGUUUUUAGCCUGCAUAAAGUAAACGUACCGUACCAUGAUCUGCAUUACAUCAUACAGAUGGUGCGCUUCCUAAACGGGCUGGCAAAUCCUUUCAUAUACGUGGGGAUUAACCGAGAGUUUCGACGCAGUACGUUCAAAUUGCUGAAAAGGAUUUUGCCACGCAGAGAACGAUGUGGUAACGUGACAAAUAAUGAUGUACGCACUCAGUCGACCGAACUCGUUCUGAGGAAAACUUCAGCAGCGUCAACAGCCACACAUUGUGCAACUGAAAGCUAGCGAGGGCCAGUAGUUUAUCAGUCUCUUAGGACUGUUACCUGUCACCUUCUAUAAAUAAAGUCGUUAUUAUUGUAUAUACUCAAAGAUAACUUUAUGUGGUGGAAUAAUUGCAUGUAAAUAGGUUAAUAUCACAUUACACUGGAAAAAAAUAGUGAAAUUCAUGCUAUGAAAUUUGCGAUCGCAUCACUACAUCCAUAGUAUAUCCAUAUAUACUACUUCCAAACUAUAUCCAUAGUAUGGGAAUUGCAAUCAGUAUGUAAGGAUUUUGAAGAUAUGUUAAUAUAGGUAAUAGUGUGGUUUCGAGUGC